AUGAAUAGGGUGUACACUGUUGGGGUCUUAUCAAUCCAAGGUUCUUUUCGUGAGCACAUGUCACAUUUGGAUUUGUUAUUUCAAGACUUGAAUGAGGAAACAACUCGGUUCUUAUCCAAGAAAGUCGGUAAGCUUGAAGAUCUUGACAAAUUAGAUGGACUAAUUAUUCCAGGUGGCGAGAGCACCACCAUGACCAUCCUGUUGCAGCGCACACAAAUGUUUGAUAGGUUACAAUAUAUGAUUCAAGUUGAGAAACUGCCAGUUUGGGGGACGUGUGCUGGGCUUAUCCUAUUGAGUAACCACGUUUCAAAUACAAAGACUCAGUUGGGAGAUCUGAGCUUUAAGCCGUUGGGGGGUUUAGAUGUUCAGGUUGAAAGAAAUUCAUUUGGUAGACAGCUUGAUUCUUUUAAAAAGGUCUAUAGGCUCAGUGGUUUUGAUGGCGAAUUGAGGGAUGCUGAUUACGAGUGUGUGUUUAUUAGAGCGCCUACAAUAUGCAAGCAUAUAGAAAACACUGUAAAUGCUGUCAAGGCAAACACUCUUGCUAUCAAUGAUGCUCCCGUUGAGGUUUUGCUUGAUAUUGGUGAUAAAGUUGUUGCCGUUCGCCAAGGAAAUGUCUUAGGUACGUCUUUCCAUCCCGAACUUAACCCGGGAGACUACCGGAUGCAUAAAUGGUUUGUGGAUCAGUUUAUAGUGAAUAGAUGA